UUGGUGUAGUGAUUCUCCAUUCGCUCGGGGCAGAGUGCACUUCGUCCCCGGUUUCUGCUCCGGCUUUUUUUUUCUUCUUCUUCUUCUUCUUCUCGUCUUCUUCAAACGCUGCAUCCGCUCCAUGUUGGGCUUCACCGCUGAAGGAUUUAAUGCACUAUUCGCGCUGGAAUAAUUUUGCUUUUUCCCUCCGUUUUCCCGGUGCGGCUCUACUUUCCUGCUGCAGUUUGAUUUGUAUGUAGAAGACAGUUUCAUAAACAAGGACCCAGGUCAGGACUCUCACGAUGCCGCUGAAUUCGACUUUAACGAGUAAAAACUAUGACUACGACUACGACUCCAUGCAGCCGUUUUUCUACUACGACAACGAGGAGGAGGACUUCUACCCGCAGCAGCACCAGCCUCCGGCUCCCAGCGAGGACAUCUGGAAGAAAUUCGAGCUGCUGCCGACGCCUCCUCUGUCCCCCAGCCGCCGGUCGUCGCUGUCCAGCCUCUUCCCCUCCACGGCGGAUCAGUUGGAGAUGGUCACCGAGUUCCUGGGCGACGACGCAGUCAACCAGAGCAUUAUCUGCGACGCAGACUACUCCAAGACCUUCCUCAAGAACAUCAUCAUCCAGGACUGCAUGUGGAGCGGCUUCUCCGCCGCGGCCAAGCUGGAGAAGGUGGUCUCCGAGCGGCUCGCCUCUCUGCACGCCGCCAGGAAGGAGUCUGCAGCGCUGCGGGGGGGGGCGGCGGCGGCUGCCGUCGCUGCUGCAGACGGGGACAGUCUAGGGUCUGGAGCCGGCGCUGCGUCUGCGGCGUGGAGGCUGAACAGCAGCUACCUGCAGGAUCUGAACACGUCUGCGUCGGAUUGCAUCGACCCCUCCGAGGUCUUCCCCUACCCCAUUGCAGAGACGCCCAAGCAGACGGAGGGGGCGCCGUCUAGUAAAGACCUGGUGCUGGACACGCCGCCCAACAGUAGCGGCAGCAGCUGCAGCGACUCAGAAGAUGAUGAUGGAGAUGGAGAUGAAGAUGAGGAGGAGGAAGAAGAAGAAGAAGAGGAGGAGGAGGAAGAAGACCAGGAGGAAGAGGAGGAGAUUGAUGUGGUCACAGUAGAAAAGCGGCAGGCGGUCAAACGCUGCAACCCCAGCCCAGUGGAGAGCAGGCAUCCCAGCCCGCUCGUGCUGAAGAGGUGCCACGUCUCCACCCACCAGCACAACUACGCCGCCCAUCCAUCCAUGAGGCACGAGCAGCCGGCUGUCAAGAGGCUGAAGCUGGAGAACAGUAGUGGAGGAGGGGGAGGCGGGGGAGGCGGAGGCCACAGCAGGGUCCUCAAACAGAUCAGCAGCAACCGCAAGUGUCUGAGCCCCCGGACGUCCGACACGGAGGACUACGACAAGAGAAGGACUCACAACGUUCUGGAGCGCCAGCGGAGGAACGAGCUCAAGCUGAGCUUUUUCGCCCUGAGGGACGAGAUUCCCGAGGUGGCCAACAACGAGAAGGCGGCCAAGGUGGUGAUCCUGAAGAAGGCCACGGAGUGCAUCUACAGCAUGCAGUCGGACGAACAGAAACUGAUCUCCCUCAAGGAGCAGCUGAGGAGGAGGAGUGAACUUUUAAAGCAGAGACUGGCACAGCUGCAGGGCUCCCGCGCUUAAGAAGUUCCAGUUGGACUUUUUGUUUGUUUGUUUUUUCACGUUCACAAGACUUGGGCUGUACAGUUACAGUUGUUGUUGUUGUUGCAUGCAAAUGCAAAGCGGAUUAAGUUGUUUGGAAUCUGGUUUGAUUUCAAUGUUUAAACUGCCUCAGUAGAAGUGAUGGGUGGAUGAAAUAUUUAAAAGUUUAUUUUUAUUAAUAAAAUAUUGAGAAAAAAAAAUUUGGACUGUCCCGUUUGGGGGUCCAUACUAAAAUAUACAUUUUUAUGUUUUUUUGUAUAUAAUUAAUAUUUCCUAAGAAAAUGUAUUUUUGGAUCUCAAUUGUCUGGAUGUUCAGACCCAGUGUUUGUUUUUUCCAUUAUGUUCAUAGAUUCUUUUUGAAAUAUAAAAAUACUGUUUUCUCUUGAA